CAGAUGUGCAGAUGAUUAUGAUUCACAACUUUCGCUGAUAUAGUUUUCAGCCAAGUGUCAAGUGACCAGAAUCUGUGUUUCUAAAUCUGAGACCAUGGUAUCGAGCCAGAAAAAGGUAGAAUUCCUUCUUCAGGUUCUGGAAGAAGUCCUACCCCAAGUGGAGGAGUUUAUGUAUGUUCAUAAAUUAUGGAAAACAUAGAGCGGUAGAUAGGCAGGCGGAUUGUUGCUCCAAGUGCUGUAGCGGUCUGUGGUGGAGACGACAGAGCUGAGUCAAAAAGUGAAUCUCUCCAUUCAGUCGAUCUGUGUUCUACCCUCAUCUAUGGCUACGAGCUCUGGGUCAUCACAGAACAAGACUGCAGAUACAAUGAGCUUUCUGCUGGGUGUCUGGGCUCUCCCUUAGUUAGGAUGAGAAGCUCAGUCAGCAGGAGGAACAGGAGUAGAGCUGCUGCUUCUCCACAUCGAGAGGAGCCAGUUGAGGUGGCUGAGGCAUCUUGUUAGCCUGCUGCAUGGACGCCUCCCUGGUGAGGUGUUUAAGGUACAUCCCACCUGGAACAGACCCAGAGCAAGACCCAGGUCACCCUGGAGGGACGAUGGAGCUGGCCCAGAGGUAUGGGAGAGUCUGGGUCUCUCAGCUCAGACUGCUGCCCUGGCAACCCGACCAAAGAUAAGAUGAAGAUAAUUGAGGGAUAGUUUUCAAUAGUGCUAUAUAUAUAUCAAAGUGAUUUUUUUUUUCUUUUUUGCCAAUAUCAUCUUUAGACAAGAAAAAAAUUGGUGAUUUUUUCCCCCAAAAUCAUUUUUGGUAAAAAAAUAAAUAAAUACAAAUACUUAGGCUGUUAUUUUAAGAAGGUGGCAACAUUUCCUUCUGUAUCCUGGGAAAAAUAUGGCUAGCUCCCCAGAAUCUCUGGAUCCAUCAGACUCACAGUAUCAAAUAAAACCUCCACCAUAAACACAUGGCUCACUCUACCAUUCUGUCUCCAUGGUCAUUAGCAUCAGGUGAGGAUCAGUUUAGGAACAUUCUCCUCCAUUCACAUUUCAUAAAGAGAAUGAAUCCCUCCUUCUUCAGUCUGUUAGAUCCCUCCUUCUGUUUAGCAAAGCCUGGUCCAUAUGGAGCCAUAAUCAGCCUGGCUGUACCUUUUGUGCAAGACUCUUUUAUGGCAGGAGCUUAGCUACACGGAGCACCGCCUGAGAUCCAACAGGUUUGACUGAUUUAAAACAAUUAGAGAUUAAAAAGUAGGAAUGUUGUUUUUGGUUGAUCAGCCAGCUUUGGUUAAGGUGACAAUAACGGUAUUAUUUGACUAUUUUUCUACUGUUUUUGUGUAACAAGUCCAGGUGAUCAAAUUCCCAGGUAGAGCAGCCAAAAAUCUCUGCUAGCAGAAUUUACUCCACUGCUUCCUCCUCAUUAGUCACUGACAGAUGAAAUUAACAGUAGAAUAUCAGAAUAUUUACAAAACUACUUAUGAGUCAUCAGCUAAAUAUUCUUUCAAUUCAUAAGAAUAUACAGUGUUUUAGAUUACGGCUCAGUAAGAGCCCGUGAUUAUGUUCAUAAAUUUAGCAUUUAAAUUUUUCAGUAAUAUGACUGUAUGUAGUUCUUUUAUUCUUACUGGCUUUAUUGCAGGGAUUACAUGUAUGAAGUGGAUGAAUCAUGGAGGGAGCCAGCAUCUCUGUGUUUGUCACCAUGCAGAAAAUCUACUACCCGUUGCUUUGCAUCGUGGGUAUUCCAGCAAACCUCUUCACGUUCUAUAUGAUCUGCUUUCGUAAAAGUGGGAUGUCCAACACGGCCAUCGUUUACCUGAGCUGUCUGGCCAUUGUGGACACCUUCUACGUAGUGUGGGUUAUACUUCUGGACCUGACUCUGACCUUUUGGACUGUGCAGCCCUUCUGGCACUCCAACCCAUGGUGUGGUAUUCUUGGAUUCCUACAGUAUGGCUCCCUCUACAGCUCCUCUUGGAUUGUGGUGGUGUUCACCAUUGAACGCUACCUUGUCCUCAGAAGCACGGCUUCCAAACAGAAUUUUUCUCAAACAUGGGACACUAAAAUGUUCUGCACAGCUAUAGUGCUGCUGUCCCACCUGGUGUCAGUGCCAAUGGGUUGGAUCAACAUUGUCACACCUGUAAACCUAACCGUGCAUGGAGAGAACAUGACACUCCCUCGCUGUCGAUAUCGCAAUCACACCUAUUCUACAGUUAUAGUCUGGAUAGCUACCUUCCUCUCUGGAGGAAUCCCCAUUGUGCUGGUCAUCAUCUUCAACUACCUCAUUGGGUACCAUCUGUGCCGGGCCAGCAACCUCUUCACUAAGGAGGAACGGCGCAUCAUGUAUGGAAGGAACACCAGAGGUACACUGACAAGAACCAUUUUCAUCCUGGGGACUGUCUCUGUGGCCUUUGUCGUGCUUAGUCUUCCUCGCUUUGUCACAUAUUGCAUCCUGAGGACCAGGUACAAUGAUGAAAGCUUCAACAGGAACGACUACAGCAUUCCAAUCAACGUAGCCGGGGACGUAGCUAACAUGCUCCAGAACCUCAACUCUACCACCAACUUCCUGCUCUACUGCAUGGUCAGCCACCGCUUCAGACAGGAGCUGGUACAGGCUAUGACCUGCAAGGCAAAGGCCCGCGAGCUGAGUACUCUCCUGAACCACACUACAAUGAAAGUUUUUUCUGUUGUAAAUCAUAAGGCGUCACUAUCCAGCAGCCCUGUGACUGUGGUGUUAACGAGUCUGAAACAGACAGAAUAGAAUAGAACUUAAUUCCAUUGAAUUUUGGCCUUCAUAGACUCGAUAUCUAUGAUGCUACCUUUAGGAUGCUAACAUGGUUUUUAUCCAGUCCUCCAAUCUUGUCCUAUGACGCAAUAAUUUAAUUACAAGACACUUGGACAUCUAGUAGACCCAAGAAAGAUGAAUGGUUGUAUCAAAUGGGAUUAUGAUAGCCAGACAGUUGCUAGAGAGACCGACUGACUGUGAAACAGUGAGUAAAGGCCACCAGACACUGAGCAUGCUUCGUUAACACCUGACAAAGUUUGAUGGGGUUACACUUUGGGUUGCCCUGAGGAUGCCUGUACCAGGUAAUGCCAAAAAUGUAAUGACUUACAGCGCAAUGCAGAUUUGCUUAAUAUUUCUGGAUGAACUCAAACAUUGGCUCCAACAUCGAGCCACCAUGUUGCUUGUGCAUCCAACAUGCUAGACUAUUGAACACCGCAUCCUGACAUCAUGUAGACCCAAAUUCCUAAUAUCUUCCAACUUUGUCAAGUGCUAGUAUUGAAGUCUCAAAUAAGCAUGUGGCACCGUCUGAAAAUCACACUGAGUCCAGCAGUGUGAUUUUCACUGACUGUUGGAGUCUUUGGCUGCCUCUUUCUGCCCUCUGAUUCUUGUUCUAGACAUGCAACGUCCAACUUCUGAAAAAUGUUGAAAGUUGCAUUAACCUCCAAACGGGUGUACUUUUCUAAUCCUGGCUUUCUAUACUCCAUCCUUGGUCUACAUAUGUACCAAAUUAUGUCCAAAUCAAAUCAUUUGUUUUGUGGAUGCCUUGACUGUUCGAUCAGGUAGUAAUUUCUUUAAUCAGUCUGAAGUGUAUGACAACAUAUAUGUUUCACUUCACUGUUUUUAUGUGUAGUUAUAGUUUGAAAAUAUUAGCAUAAUAUGCUAAAGCAGGGCUUUUCAAAGUGUAGGGCACGCCUCGCUGCAUGAAGGGAAAGUAAGAGGAGAGGGAGAGUUCUUUAGGGACUUGAGGAAAAUAAAUAAACCAGAAAACGUAACUGCAAACAUUUAGCCAACUUCGCCAAGCCUACACCAGAAGAAAAAUGAAACCAUUUUUAGUACCUAAAGUAUCAUGACUAAGGAGACAGAGUCUGGGCCAAGCCAAAAUGAAGGAGGAAGUAUGACGAUAAUUAUGUGAAGUUGGGAUUUUGAUGUCUAGGAUCUGAAGAUGCUCCACUGCUGCAGUGAGUUUGUUUUUUGUUACAGGAAGCUAAAUGAACUACAGUCACAUCAGAGUAGUUCCUACUUUUAGUGCUUUUAACAUUGUGUGGUGCCCAACAACAUCAAAUGGAACCUGGAGCAUCUAGAAUACAAACAGCAGAAAGUUUAUUGUUAGGGGGAGG